AUGGCUUUGGCCAAGGGAGAAACGAAGAAAAAUAUUCUGAAAUCGACGACAAAGCAAGAAAAGAAGCCUCAGUCGACAUUUCAAACAUUAAAGCAGUCACUUAAACUUAGUAAUAGCAAUAAGAAAAUAAAACAAAGCACAGCUCAACCAUCAAAUGAGACAAGCAAGCCUGUCAAAGUACGAAAUCGCGAUCUAUCCAUGAAGAAGUCUGGGGUACAAAGGAAAAGAAUAUCAACACAAAGAUUUUCAUUGUUUACAUAUAAUAAUGUUCAGGUAAUGAAUUCAUUUGUUCCAAUUCACAACGAUGCUCAAUAUAACAGCACUAUUGUUCGAAGAAACUCUCAAGUUUCUGCAAAUAAUGCAUCUAAAGCUAGCAAAGGGUCCUUCAAUGACACACUGAGUCAGGAUAGUCAGAAUACCAUUAAAUUGAAACCAACCUCAUUAAUGGCAAAGGGACCAAUUGAAAUAUAUCAGAUAUGUACAGGGUUUGGCAAUUUGAAAGAAAAUGUUGAACUUAUUCAGAAGUCCAGUAAGGAUAGUAGUCACGAUGGCCAUGUGGUGAAUUAUCUAUCAAUAGGAAGGCAUGGCGAUAUUGUUCAUCCAGUGUUACCCAAACUACAAAUAACAAGAUUGAACGGGACAGGUUACAAAUAUUUUAUUAGCUUUUACAAUCCAGAACGAUACUGGGAAAUUGAAUUUCUACCUAUAGAUAAUCAGACUCGAUCAGACUUGGAGAAUAGGGCUAAAGAUUUUGAAAACAUCAUUAGUAAGAUCUGUCAUUUUUCACAAAUCAGCGAAGAAGAUACCAUUGGAAACAAUGAGUCCUUGAGCGAUAAGUUUGCGACCUCGUCUACAUCGAUUGUUAAGUCACCUAAUAUUGAAAUAGGUGACGACGAUGGUGAUGGUGAGGAUGAGCUAAAUUAUUUACUGGAUGAGGAAGACGAACCCAAUAAGACAAAGAGCGUAUAUCCGGUGCCAUUCGAUAGUUAUUCGAAUAUAAGCACAAAGCUCGACUAUCCCAACGGUUCUACCGAUACCAUGUCAAGUUCUAUUAACGAGGCUUUCAAAAAUGCGAUGAGAAGAACCGCGCCUAUAUUGAAUACUCCAGUGGCUUCGAGUAUGCAUUUGCAGCAGAAAAACAAAAGAUACAGUUCGUAUUCUUUUGUUAAUUCUUCCGUACCUCUGUCAGAUAGGCAUAGGAGGUUUGAAAGAAGGUAUAUAUCUAGACUGGGCGAUCUUUGA